AAGAGACGGUCGCCAUUUUGUGAAGUAGCUGGUCGGAGGAAGGACGGAGGGAGUUCGCGGGCGGAAGCCAGAUCCUGGGUACGGCCGAUAAGGAGGGAACGUCCGACGGGGGAAAAGCGUUGACCUCCUCUGCAAGACUUUUCCCACACACGGUUACGCGUUAUUACGAGUAGCUACUAUGAGUGACGCGGAAGGAAAUAACUUCGAGGGGAGAGAGUCCCGCUCCCGUACCAAGUCACCUGCUGGAAGCAAUGGCCAUGCGAAAUCAGAGAGCCGAUCUGGAUCACGCAGCCCAUCGAGAGCUUCCAAACACUCAGAGUCUCACUCGCGUUCCAGAUCCAAGUCCAGGUCAAGGUCCCGAAGGCAUUCCCAUAGGCACUAUUCUCGUUCGAGGUCUCGAUCUCAUUCCCACAGAAGACGCUCAAAGAGCAGAUCAUAUACACCAGAAUAUCGCAGGCGCAGGAGCCGCAGUCACUCCCCGAUGUCUAACCGCAGGCGACACAAUGGCAGCAGGGCGAAUCCAGAUCCCAACACAUGCCUUGGAGUCUUUGGUUUGAGUCUAUACACAACAGAGAGAGAUAUCAGAGAAGUGUUCUCUCGCUACGGUCCUCUCAGCGGUGUCAAUGUAGUUUAUGACCAGCGGACUGGCCGGUCGAGGGGAUUUGCUUUUGUCUAUUUUGAACGUAUUGACGAUUCCAGAGAGGCCAUGGAACAUGCAAAUGGUAUGGAGCUGGAUGGCAGGAGGAUCCGCGUGGAUUAUUCCAUCACCAAGCGUGCGCACACCCCGACUCCAGGCAUCUAUAUGGGGCGGCCUACACAUGGUGGAGGCAGCAGCAGCAGCGGUGGGGGUGGUGGCAGCAGCGGUGGCGGAGGAGGAGGAGGUAGCCGCCGGCGUGAUUCUUAUUAUGAGAGAGGCUAUGACAGAGGUUAUGACAGAUAUGAAGAAUAUGAUUAUAGGUACAGGCGACGAUCCCCUUCACCAUACUACAGCCGUUACAGAUCCCGAUCAAGAUCACGUUCAUACAGUCCAAGACGUUACUAAAGCGAACUUUUUUUAUUUUUUUUUUUGUUUCGUUUUUUUAAACGGCUGAAGCAUCCUUUACAGUCAUCCAGAUUUGAUUUAGAACUCAGCACUCUGGCUUAUAUGUACUGUUAUGUGAGUCUUAAAACAAAUUUAUUGUUAGUUUGUUUGUAAGAAAACGAUGAGUAGGUAAUGGGCUAUACCUGGAAACAGCCCGGCUGUUCAGGAGGAAUGUCUGCUUGCUGCUUUUGUUAUACUUAACAUAGGUUCUGGGUAACUUUUUCUUAUCGGUUACCCUUUUUUUAUUUUUUUGUGAACCAUUUAAUGUACACUGAUUGCAAGGGAACUAUUUUUGUGUGAUAGUAAAUACAUGUAUAAUAAAAUUAUUGAAAAUA